AACCAUUACUACCUCCUCCUUUCAUACUUGUUCAUAUCUUCUGCUUUUUUUGACUUCACUCUGCAACUCCUAACCCAGUCGAUCUACCCUAAAGAAAAUGCUUUAGAACAAGUUUUAUUACUCAAAGUUGGAAUCUUUAUAGCUUUAGCCCUACUAGUUUUAGUUAAUUUUGGAAAUUUUCUGUACUGAAAAUCUUGAAAAAUGGCCGCAUCUGAUAAUUUAAUGACUAUGGAGCCAUGGGCUUUUCGUUCAGCUUUUGCUGAUUCUUGGUUUUCCGACGUAUUUUCCAGAGAAACUGAAAGUACGUUAACCAAAUUGCUCCAAAAAUCUCUGUCCACCCAAACGCCGGAGACGGCCCCGGUUCAGACUUCGACCGGAUCAGGACGGACCGUUUCGGGCGGGUCUGAAAACGAGACAACCGGUUCGAACCGGCGGAGUAAAGUUGGGGUAAGCGGGAAGAUAUCAAAGAGGAAGUCACGUGCUUCAAGGCGCAAUACGACGACGUAUAUAACUGCUGACGUGGAUAAUUUCCGGGAUAUGGUGCAGCAGGUGACUGGUGUUCAGUUCGGCGGGAACGGGCAGCUGGCGGUCGCUCAUGUUCUGAAACCUGAACCUCAGCGUGUUGUUAACCGGCUACAACAUGGUAGCUGUUUUUUGCCAACUCUUGACACGUCAGCUUUCUUAUUGGACCACGUCACUCAACAACAGCAGAUAGUGGACCCCACUUCAGCAAUCGGGUCAGUCGCCGCCCCUACUCCGCCGUCUGAUGUGGUGGUUGACGGUGGUUCAUGUGGCUUUGAUUUUGGCUCUUUUUCUGGGUUUCCAACCCUUGAGUCUUUCAUGGAAAGCAAUGUAGUGUGAUGUACCAGGCCCUUUUUUGUAAUUUCACCCAAGGGUUUAGAUUAGGAGAAGUAAGGGAAGGGUAAAAUGGGAAACAUCUUGUUCAUAGUUUAAGCUAAUCUCCUUUUUUUUCUUUUUUGAAAUCUUUUUGAUUUAAGGAGAUGAAGGAAUUAUUUUCAUGUAUGAUGUUCCCAUCAUAAUGUCACAUCCUUCCAUUUUCAUGGUUCAA